UGUCAUUUAGACUUCAUCAUCGAGCCGCAGUAAAGAUGACCCUAUGACAUGUCUCAGAAAGCUCAACCUGGCACUUCACCCAUUAAAUCAUUCACCUGCAAGCAAUUUAUCCACUUUGAUCUCAGAAACAAUAAUACCACCGAUCACACUCAGAGCUCAAAUACAGCAACACAAUGGUCGCCCCACGCAUCAGUAAUGCUCUCAGAGCAGCAUCCUCGAUAGCUCGCCUCCGAGCUCCAGCAGCAUCAUCUACCUACCGUACAUUCACGAGCACUCCUCGAGCUUUCGCGCAGCAGGGCUAUGGCGAUGGUAAGGGUAGCCCCGAGGGCGAGUCCCCCCAGAAGCAGCCCGGAGCAUCAAAGGCACAACAAUCAUCAGAGCAUCCGGGUCCGUCAGCGCCAGAUAUGGGCCAGGGCAGCGGCAACAGCGGUCAGAAGAACCCAUCAGAGGCCAGCGCCAAAUCGGGGGGCUCACGAUCCAAGGAGGCAAAGGAAACGGGAUCCAGCCCAACGGGGUCGGUGAAAGGAGGUGAGGCACUCAAGGGUCCCCAGGGCGAGGGCGCACCCAAGCCCAAGAUCCACAAUCAAUCCGUCUCUGGAGUGAAGUCGGGGCUGAGCGAGGAGCAGAAGCGUGAGGUCGAGCAGCACAACGCGGACUUUGAGAAGAGGCAUGAUCGUGCUGGGGCUGCGGGCGAGGACAAGGUGGACCAAAAGUUCUGGCAAGGAAACGGUCCCCGGAUUCGAAGUGACGCAAAGACAGCUGCGGAAAAUGAUUGGAAUGCCUAAAGUCGGGACAUGGACAGUUGGCGCUCGCGACAUGAUGUGAGAUUGCGAGCUGGAGUCCGAGAGUCACGUAUCGCAUAAAUUGAGGCUGAAAGACCUAUUAUACAAUAUACUUGCCCCUGGUGUUAUGGACUGGUGCUUUGAACUGUGGUAUAUGGCACAUGUCUAUAGUGGACAACAUCAUUGUGACGUAGCCCCACUCCAGAGCUCCACGGCCCAGGCCACUUGUAUGAGAUACUGCAAUGCAUA